AUGGAACACAGAUCUAAUUGCCUUGAAGAGUACUGCCCUGCUGGGUACUACUGCACAGAUGCCGGCUGCUGUCCCUCGAGCAAAUCCCUGGCCGAAUGCGGCGCCACUGUCAAGCUGACUGCAUCCCCUCCAUCCGCUACCACUACUGCGCCCGCUGUACCCGACGACCGUAACUCGACUUCGGUCCGCACUUCCAGCUCAAGAUCUUCGUCCACUCGGACAUCUAUUCAACUAUCCCCAACGAGCAGCGAGAGUAACGAUUUCCCCGGCACCACACCAUUGCCUCCAUCUGCCAUCCAACCGAGUAUUCCAUCCAGCUCGCCGGCCAGUCCGCCCGCACAAACCCGGAAUGCGGCGGGCAAAUUGGAGGGAGGUAUCUUAGCCGGUGCAUUUGGCAUGUUGGCUAUGGUUCUGUGA